GACAAUCAUAUCAUUACUGGUGAUCGGAGCAGCUGGUUGGCUGUAUUGGUUUUGGAACAAUGACCCGUUACCACCGUUGGAUCCUCAGGAGUGGUGGGGGCCUAUGGCACUGAAGGGGGUUGAUACGGGAGUGAGACCUUUUAAAGUGAAGUUUAGUGAGGAGAUGAUAGUAGACCUAAAACGACGUCUACUUAACACCCGCGCACCGCCGCCCCCACUAGAGGGCGUAGCCUUCCAGUACGGCUUCAACAGUCUACACUUGAACUCCUGGAAGGAGUACUGGGCCCAGAAGUACAACUUCACGGAGAGGGAGCAGUUCUUUAACCAGUUCCAGCAGUUUAAGACGAAUAUACAGGGGUUGGAUAUCCAUUUCAUUUGGGUUAGACCUGAGACGCGGCCAGGUGUGGAAGUGCUACCUCUGCUUCUGCUACACGGCUGGCCAGGAUCCGUACGCGAAUUCUACGAGUUGAUUCCCCUGCUGACUCAAAAACCAAUCCAUGGAUUUGUGUUCGAAGUCAUUGUGCCCAGUCUGCCUAGCUUCGGAUUUUCUGAUGCACCCGUGCGACCAGGUUUGGGCGGGCCCCAGACUGCCAUUGUGCUCAAGAACUUGAUGGAGCGGUUAGGACAUAAACAGUUCUACAUGCAAGGGGGCGACUGGGGGGCAUUCAUUGCUGCCGAUCUGGCCACUUUAUAUCCUGAGGCUGUGCUUGGAUUUCACACCAACCUACCUACAGUACAGCAUCCAUGUGCUAUGGCGUUGACUGCUCUCAGCGGCUUUUUUCCUUCCUGGCUGGUAGAACCUGAGCUGAUAGACCGGACGAACAAACUCCAGCUGUAUUGGCGAGCGGGUGGAUAUUUCACGUUGCAGGCCACCAAACCGGAUACAAUCAGUAUUGCUCUGAGUGAAUCGCCUCUCGGCCUCCUAGUCUACAUUCUCGAGAAGUUCUCCUCAGGCACGGACCCUCGCUUCGCAGAGCGGCCAGAUGAAGGCUUGCUUGAGAAGUUCUCGCGAGAUCAGCUUCUUGACAACGCGAUGACGUACUGGCUCGAAGCCAGGACUGCGACCAGGGUCUAUGCUGAUGCGUUUCAGGAAAGAAUGAGGAGAUGGAGACUGGCUGGAAAACCCACACCAGUCCCGAUCUGGGUACUCCAAGCCAAACACGAGAUCCUGUACCAAACACCAACGGCCAUCAGAUUCAAGUUCCCUAACCUUCUGAACGAUACCGUACUGCAUAAAGGAGGACAUUUCUUUGCUUUUGAAGAACCUGAAGCGUUGGCUGAGGAUGUGUUUACGUCUGUGAAGGCUUUUAGAGAGUUUCAUGAAAGGCAGAAAGAUUGAUGGAAUAUCAAUAAAAAAGCCGUAGACAAAUGAGUAUGACGGCUAAUUAAAGUAUCGAAUAAC